AUGGCUACAGUAAUACCUCCUCCCUCUAAGAAACAGAGGAGAUUGGCUCAACAGCCCAGAGAAACAAGUAUCAUACCGGAAAACUUGCCCAAUGUUUUAAUCAAAUUUCAAGCUUCUGAUACUGCCGAAUCAAUUGGUGGAAACAUAAGAGUUCCUAGUGGAAUCACCACAAAGCAAUUGGAAGAAUUGCUAAACCAGUUGAACAAUGCGCUGGAAGACCCUAUUCCCUACACUUUCUCGUUGUUGCUCAACAACAACAACCAGCCAGACUCGCUUGUUGAUAUAAAUGAUAACCUCUACUCUUCUGUUUUGAAACCAGGUCUAAAGACAACCGAAGAUUUCUUGACUUUAGUUUACACCCCUCAGGCUUUGUUCAAGGUGAAGCCUGUUACAAGGUCUUCUUCAGCUAUAAGUGGGCAUAAGGCAACCAUUUUAUCUUGCCAGUUUGCUCCCUACACAAGUUCAAGAUUUGUCACUGGCUCUGGCGACUCCACUGCUAGAAUAUGGGACUCAGAUACUCAUACUCCUGUGAACACCUUAUCUGGUCAUUCCAACUGGGUUCUUUGCGUUGCUUAUUCUCCAGAUGGCUCGAUGAUCGCAACUGGCUCAAUGGACAAUACAAUCAGACUAUGGGACUCGUUAAAGGGAACACCUCUCGGUAAUAAUCCAAAUAAAAACGUCUUGAGAGGCCAUUUAAAAUGGAUUUCUUCUCUAUCAUGGGAACCUUUGCAUCUAUUAAAAGAUCGUGAACAACAAUCAAGGUUAUGUACCGGUUCAAAAGAUACAACAAUAAAAGUUUGGGAUGUGAUUGAUAGAAACCUCAUAUUGACUUUAUCCUCUCAUACAUCUGCUAUAUCAUGUGUUAAAUGGAGUGGCUCAAAUAGAAUAUUUUCAGCUUCUCACGAUAAAACAAUUAAAAUUUGGAAUCCUGAAAAUGGUACUUGCGUAGCUAAUUUAAAGGCCCAUGCUCAUUGGGUUAAUCAUUUAUCCUUAUCCACCGAUUAUAUAUUAAGAUGUGGUCCAUUUGAUUAUAAAUCAAAGAACUCAUCAGUCAAUUACUACAAGUCUAAUAGAAGUGAAUUGAUAGAAAAUGCAAAACUUAACUUCAAUAAGGUCGCCUUAAAAAAUAGCCAGAUAGACGAAAGAAUUGUCACUGCCUCUGAUGAUUUCACAAUGUAUCUUUGGAAUCCAUAUAAAUCUAAUAAACCCAUUUGCAGAAUGGUUGGCCAUCAGAAAUUAGUUAACCAUGUUGCCUUCUCUCCUGACGGCAGAUAUAUUGCUUCAGCAUCAUUUGAUAACUCAAUAAAGUUAUGGGAUGGUUUGAAUGGAACUUUUAUUGCAACUUUAAGAGGCCAUGUUGCUCCAGUCUACCAAAUUGCAUGGAGUUCUGAUUGUCGUUUACUAGUGAGUUGUUCCAAAGAUACAACCUUAAAGGUUUGGGAUAUCAAAACCAGAAAACUAAAAGCAGAUUUACCUGGUCAUUCUGAUGAGGUCUUUUCUGUUGACUGGAGUGUUGAUGGUAAAAAGGUCAUUAGUGGUGGAAAAGAUAAAACAGUUAGAAUAUGGACACAUUGA